AUGAAAGAGAACAAUGAAGGAGUUAUUAGACAGGAGAUGAUCUUCGAGUCUCAGAUGGCAGAUAUUCUGGAGUUUAUUUACACCGACAGCGUUCAGAUGUCCACUCAAGAAAAUGCUGAGAACCUGAUCGAAUUAGCAGAUUAUCUUCUCCUCUCAAACCUGAAAGCUUUCGCCGGAAAAUAUGUUGAGGAAAACAUCAGCACUGCGAAUUGUAUUUCGAUUUACUACCUGGCUAAGAAGUAUUUAUGUCAAGACCUGAUCGAUAUCUGUCUCAAAUUGAUCUACUCAAACUUUUCUUCCGUCGCUGAAUCCGACGAUUUUCUAAACCUCUCAAGCCAUGAGGUUGAAAAAUGGAUUUCCAGCGAUGAGAUAGUCAUUGAUGCCGAGGAAAAUGUUUUUGAACUCGUACUACGAUGGAUUGAUCAUGACAAAAACCAGCGACGCGUAAAAUUUCGUGACUAG